UUGGAGAAUAUUGGCAGUCAUUCGUCAGCAUGUCGAGAGGGAAGUUGUGUCUGUUAGUGAGUUCUUUGCUCCUCUUACAAAUUGUGACAAUUGAAGCAAAAAGGAUAAACCUGAUCAAGGUCAACCAAUGCUUGAAGGUUAGCCUGGAUCUUGUAAGCGCUGUCUCUAGACAGAUUAUGCCAGUUAUCAAGGAUAUGAUUAACUGCGUUAAAUACGAGGUCAAAAUUAACACUGAACGUAUGAAUUUAAUGCAGCUAGUCUUGGUGGUCUACCAGUUCUUCCUUUAUGCCUUAAACAACCGAUUGGACUGUCUGGCGAACGCCUAUAUGUCAAUGUCUGCCGUCACGAUUCCUAAGACAGAUGAGCUGAGCUCCUUGAAGUGUAUGUACUUGUUUGUAGAGGAGCCUUUGUGCUGAAAAAUCCAGAGACUAGCAAAACCAAUAAAAUGUGUCAGGUUUCUGUGUUUUUAAAUCCAUAAUAAAAUUUUUAUUAAAAGAGA